UGCGAUUCCAAAAGUAGAAAAAUCAGUUGAAAAUGGAUUGUUGUUUGAAUCGUAUAGUUAUCAUUAAAAUUGAUGUUCGAACUGAGCCAUAUAGUCCCUUAUAUGUAAAACUCUCCCAGCCAGUGUGGAAAAUAGCUAUUUAAUAGACGGCCUUGACAAGUGAUCAGAUUUAUAAUAUAGCUAAUAUGUUAUACUCAUCUAGUUUGUGCAUUUUAUAUGGAAUAGUGUUUUAUUAGAUUUUGAGGAAUACUUAUUGUUCAUAUAUCUCACAAGAAAUGGGAUCCCACUUUGGUGUAGUGCAACCGAUUUUCACGGAUUUCUAUGAAUUAACAAUGUCUUAUGCUUAUUGGAAAGCUGGAAAAGCCAAUGACACUGCAGUUUUUGAACUAUUUUUUCGUAAAAAUCCUUUUAAUGGAGAAUUCACUAUAUUUGCCGGUCUUCAAGAUUGUAUUGAUUAUCUAAGUUCGUUCAAAUUCACUCAAGAUGAUGUUGAAUAUUUACGAAAAAUUAUGCCAUCAACUGUUGAUCCUAAUUUCUUUGAUUAUCUACUUAAUAUUGAUACAAAUGGUUUAUCAUUAUGGUCUGUUAGAGAAUGUUCAGUUGUUUUUCCAAAAGUUCCUAUUAUGCGAAUUGAAGGCUCAGUAGUUUUGUGUCAACUUGUCGAGUCAACAUUAUUGAAUUUGGUUAAUUAUGCAAGCUUAAUGACUACCAAUGCUGCACGUUAUCGUUUAGCUUGUGGUCCAAAUAAGAAAUUAUAUGAAUUCGGUUUACGUCGUGCUCAAGGACCAGAUGGUGCAUUGUCAGCUUCAAAAUAUGCAUAUUUAGGAGGUUGUGAUGGAACUAGUAAUGUUCUAGCUGGGAAAAUGUAUGGAAUUCCAGUUGUUGGAACACAUGCACAUUCGUUUGUGUCAGCGUUUCAAGUUACUCGUGAAGAUGAAUGUAUAAAUGAUUUUGAAAAUUUCACCGGCAAAAUGACCAAUUUAAACAAUUCAUAUGACAAGCAUCUUUUAGAUUUAAGUCAUCAACCAAUGAAAUUGAAGGAGUUUUUAAAACGUUGUUGGCAUUGGUCAAUUAGUUUAUCUCAUUUAUUAAAAUAUCAAUCAGAUCAAAUACAUCCAGGUGAAUUAAAUGCAUUUGCUAAUUAUGCAAUUGCAUUUCCAACAAAAUUUCUUGGCUUACUUGAUACAUAUGAUGUAUUAAAUGUGAAAUAUGAUAUUGUCCCCUUAUCUCCUCUGUCUAAGUACCGACUGUGUACUUUAAGACGGAAAGUUAUGGUAUUAGAUUUGGACGAGACACUGAUUCAUUCAGUACACGAUGGAAUAAUGCGACCAACAGUCAGACCAGGAACACCUCCAGAUUUUGUCCUCAAAGUUUUUAUUGACCACCAUCCUGUUCGCUUCUCAGUUCAUAAACGACCGCAUGUUGAUUUUUUCCUCAAUGUGAUAAGCCAGUGGUAUGAACUUGUAAUAUAUACAGCUAGUCUUGAAAUUUAUGGAGCAGGAGUAACUGAAUUGCUCGACAAUGGACGUCAUAUUCUUCAGAGACGAUUUUAUCGACAGCAUUGUACAUAUGAUAAUGGCAGCUAUUCAAAGAAUCUUUCGCUAAUUACCUCGGAUAUGGCUUCUGUAUUUAUAUUAGACAAUUCUCCAGGGGCCUAUCGAUUAUAUCCCGAUAAUGCUAUUCCAAUUCGGUCUUGGUUCUCUGAUUCACGUGAUACAGCCCUUCUAUGUCUCUUACCAGUGCUGGAUGCUCUUAGGUUUGUAAGUGAUGUACGUUCAGUGCUAAGUCGUAAUUUGCACAGGCCUCAAUCCAUCCUACCUUAA